AGCUCUCUUCCCUGGAAGCACAGCACUGCAGUUUUUGAGACUCUCCUUGUGCUCUUCUGUGCAUUUUUUGCCAUCAUCGUAACUCUCUAACGCUCUCUUUAAACACUCAGGCUGGCAAUCACUGACCCUGCAGGGAUUAUGGAGUUAUCACUUAUGGCAGCACAGCAUUUCCCGGUUGUGAGCGGGGCCUUCAUGGAUUCUCCGUAUAAUGGAAACACGUCCCUGCAGACGUCCACCUCCAACCUCAACGCCGGCUACUCCCGACCCUCAGAAGCAGAGGAUGAUGGGAAAGUGUCAAGCGACACCAUUUGGCUGUGGAUCGCUGUGCUGGCCACCAUUGGAAACAUAGUGGUGGUGGCUGUGGUCUGUGCCUGUGCCUUCUGACGAGAUGAAGAGGAGUAAAAACAAAAGAAAGACACUGCUGCUGGUGGAUAAUGGGAAGUCUUGUACAUCAUGAGAAUAUAUAUUUUUCUUCAGAGACUAUGUAAAAUAGCCUUACUUUCAGAUUGAUGGCCGUGGACUAAUGGAAACCUGAUCUAUAUUUUGGGUUUUAAACAGGAAUUUGCAUGAGAUUCUUAAUUCAAAAACUGCAGACACUUUCAACAAACAGAAGAAAUUAAUAAAAUGUUUAUUGAUUUAUAUUACAGAAAAAAUCUGAUAAAAAAUACUAUUGUGUAUUUUUUCUGUAAAAAAAUGAUGGUCAAGUAGAAAAGAAGGUUCAUGAUGGGACUUCCAGAAUUGCGACCAGAUCUUACUUAAGUUGGAAACCUCACACUGACCAAGCAAGACCACAAACAGAUUGAUACCAGACAUUUAUAUACUUCUGUGCUAACAAUCUUCAAUCACAAUCCUCACGCUAAAGCAAAAUAGCACAAUAUAACUCUCUAAAUAAAGCCUCCUCCCUUCCCUUUUCCCCAAGUAAAUACUUAAAGAAUUACUUUUAUUUUGAACUUGUUGUUUUAAUCAUCAGAAAAGUCAACCUUGGCUUUCUGAAACUGUUACGCCAAAGUGAAAUAACAAUCAGAUAUACUCGUCCUCAGGUUUGCCCUUCAUGGCUUGAGCUGCUUCGGGGUUACAGGAAACUUUAUUUUCCACCACCACGUGAACACCACAUUAACAUUUUUUUUAAUGAGCACCGUGCCCAGAGCCAUUUACUAAAUUUAUGCAUCCUGCAUCCAGGUUGAAAAAGUGUUGGCAUUAAAAUAAUAGCCUAGUGUGCUUGCCAAUGGUCAGUUGGUUACGCAAGUCAAGCUGGUGUUAUAUAAACCCUUUCAAUCAUGGUUACACAUGAGCUCAGCGGAAGUCGGCAUCAGAAAUACGAGGAUUAGACAUGAUCGUAGCUUGAUCUCUCUCACGGGACAGAAAGUGAUCCGCUGCUGUAAAGGAUUUACAUCGUGCACAAUUCAGGUUUAGUAAGAAGAGGCCAGACGUUUAAGAACAUUGUAUGACAUCCUGAUCAUAGUACUGACCUCAAACCUGUUGUGUCUGGACUAUUCUUUUCUAUUCCACUGUUUUAACCUGAGUUUGUAAGCACUGGUUUUAUUUGCUCAACUAAUUAGAAUAUGGCCAAUAAAAGCAAUUGACCCUCACAAUGACUUCCCUUGAUUACCUUCACUGGGCCGCAAUCCAUAACGGUUAAAGCCAGCAGAUAUUGCUCCAACAUAUUAGCAAGUUUAGCUGAU